UAACAGUUUGUGGGCUGGUACCUUGGAGGAAGCAGCUAGAGGAGUCCGAGCAUUACUGUAGUUUGGCAAGCGAAGCGGACUUGCCUUUGUUUUUUAAGUAUAGUUAUCUCUUACCAACUCUUUAUCUAUUUCAUCACGGAGCGUUGCACACACAGCUCAAUUGUUUCACCGCCGUGGGAUUUAACCGCUGUUAUCAAUCGAGCUAAUUUCACAAGCUAGCAGGCUGGGUAGCUAACUCAGCUAGCAUGCUAACAUAUUAGCUGUAGCCACACGUUACAUUGAAAUUUCCGUCCUCUUCGCUUCCACUCAGAUAUAUAUGGCAAUAUGGCACGUAGGGAAGAAGUUUUUCAAUCAAAAGUACUUCAGAAGCUUUACCCUGCAGCUCCCAAACUGGAGAAGCAACCCAGCCCACCACGCAUUGUAGAUGCCCUAUCCAAAAAAACCUAUGUGAAAAGAAAGGCCUCUCAACAAGACACUGCCAUUGAUACAGGGACACAGAGUGCAGCCACUCCAGGCAGGCGGAUGUACACAGUCCUACCUCCUCCCGCAGACUACAAGACAGAUUCAGAGAAAUCUGUCACACUUCCCCAGUUCGAAAGCAUAAAUAGUGCGGAGGACCCAGCUGAAGAGGUCGUCCGUGAUAGCGACAAAGACCAAGAUAAAGAGGAAGAAGAGCAGAAAAGAAAAAGGAGGCGAAGGAAAAGGAAAACAGCCCUCCAUCAAGACUCUGAGAAAGAUGGAGCAGCUCCACUGAGUGAGUCCAGCACAGGUCAGAGUCACACACCUGUAGAUGAGGGAGGUGAGCGCGUUAGCAGGAACAAGAAGAGGAAGCUGAAAAAGAAGCGGCACAAAGAGAAGCUGCUCUCCAUGGGUCUGAUGCCUCGGGCCACUGCCCUGGAGUUCACGUACCGAAAAGAUGGGGAAGAAGAGGAGGAGGAGGAGGAGGAGGGGAGAGCUGUGGAUGUGUCAGACUUCCUCAGGACAACACUGGAAAUCUAUUUGUCAGAUUCCUCCAUGCGUGGAGACAAGCUUCCUCUCCUGUCUGGGACAGUGAAUGACCUUCUGAGCAGCAUAUCCAGCUGAUCCAAGCCCACCUCUGUCCUGAAGCAGCUCCACAGUCUCAAGGCCCUUGUUCAACAGCAAGAGGCAAACAAACUGGAAAUGGCACUGGAGGAGUUCUCCAACACGUCUCCCAUGUCUGCAGAGGAAACCACUGCAGUCAUUGCACUCUUCCAAUACUGGAUCACAGACAUUUUUCCCAUGCAGGGAGACAAGAAGACAGGGUUUUCUACGACGCACCCAUGAGACACUGAGUCACAGUGAAACACAGACUCUACUGAAGGAUUAUUUCUACUGUGCUCCUGUUAAAUUUUGUUUUUUAAAAUGUUGGACUUUACAAGCUGCUGCAUAAAAUAUUUUUUUAUUAAAAAUGUU